GUUCAAGAAACCAACAUUUCAUAAGUGGUUGCGAUCUGUCAUCGUGGUUUCAUAAACAAAGUAUAGAACCCAGUCCCUGAAGAGUGAGGAACUUCUGCUGCAUGUACUUUAAUGAAGAACGCACUUCCUCGACAGUAUGAAGGGACUGUACUUAGUCGAGCCGAUCGUCGCGAUAUACUCGUUUGCCAGCUUUAUGAUUUACCCUCUGGUACAGCAGUAUGUGUAUCGCAGACUGUGGCUGGAGAUCACAAACUCAUCUUAUCCCGUGUCCGACAACACUUCCCGAUGUGCCAGCACCAGCAGCAACCACACCAGCCAGCAAGAUGAGGUGCAGAAAGCAGCUUCCCUGUUUUCCAUGUACAGUGAUUUGUGUUCCAUGAUCCCCAGUCUCUUGGUGACUCUUCUCCUGGUGGCAUACAGUGAUCAGCGUGGGCGUAAGUUCACCAUUAUUAUGCCCCUCAUCGGGUCCCUGAUCUACACGCUUUCCCUCCUGGCCGUCUCCUUCUUUGAACUAAACCUCUACCUCCUAAUAGCUGCCUCCUUUGUAAGUGCCCUCUUUGGUGGUAUUGGCACCAUGCUGGGUGGCUGCUUCUCCUACGUGGCUGAUUUGUGUGAGGACGGCAAGCAGAAAACCCUUCGUAUGGCUGUGGUGGACAUGGUGAUCGGCUUGUUGGCGGGCGUGGCAUCGAUCUCCACUGGCUACUUUCUGCGAGCGUCUGGAUUCAACUGGCCUUUCUUCACAUCAGCCAUGUUUCAGGUGGUUAACUUGCUGUACGCCAUCUUCAUUCUGGAAGAAACCAAGGUGAUUGACCGGUCCGAGACUGUGGCUUGUUGCCGGACUUUGCAGAAACUUUUAUCAGGGAUCUAUUACCUGUUUGUUGGAGGAAACAGGAAAAGAAGCUGGAUUCUUGUGCUGAUGAUUGUCAUAUUUUCUUCUAUUUCUUUUGCCAAUACUGGGGGUUUGUCCGUGAUGACACUCUAUGAACUCAAUGAACCGCUUUGUUGGAGUGAGAUACUCGUUGGCUACGGCUCCGCGGCUUCGCUCACCGUCUUCAUCACCAGUUUUGUUGGUGUGUAUGUGUUUUCCCGCUGUCUGCCUGACAUAGCCAUCGCCUUCAUAGGAAUGCUGUCGGUCUUUAUAGGCAUGGUGAUGGUAUCCUUCGCAAAGACCACAGUCAUGAUGUUCCUUGUGAGGAUUCCUACAAUGUUUGCGAUCAUGCCGUUCCCCGUUCUGCGUUCAAUGAUGUCAAAGGUCAUCUCAAAGUCUGAGCAGGGAGCCCUUUUUGCCUGUGUGGCUUUUACCGAAAACCUGAGUGGUUACGUGGCCUCUGCAGUUUUUAGCAGCAUUUAUGCAGCUACUGUGGCAUGGUGCCCUGGAUUUGUUUUCCUAUUGGGUGCUGGACUCUGCCUCAUUCCUGUUAGUCUACUAGGCAUCCUUAGAUGUUUUCAUCCAGUGGAUUCCAAUGAGACUGAAGCACUCUUAUCAGACGAUGAGACUGAAAACUCAGAUGAUGCACCUGUGGCUUAAAAACAAAGAGAGUUCAGAUACCUCAGUUAUUCACUUCAAUUCCCCUGUGUGAUUCUUUACUCAAAUACUUUGUGUAGGUAUGAUUCACACAGCAGAUAAACAAAGAACUGGAUAGAAAUGUGCACAUGUGGCUACUUUCUUCAAGCCAAAGCUUUAGAGUUUUUUGAGUGACUGUCAUGAAGUGUGUGAGUUUUUACUAAAAUGAAGUAUAUUCAGUAUGUAUUCAGUAUAGAAAGGAUGAACCACAGCAUAACAUUAUAUUUCUAAAGGGAAAUUUUGUAAUAGAGUGAAGACCAUUUAAAAUAUUAAUAAUAAUUUUAGGAAAAAUGAUCUGAAGUUUGGGCUGAUGUGCAAUAAGUUGUUUUGUAUAAGAUUACAAUUAGAUUUUAUAAUUGUAUUUUUGAAUAAUUAAGCAUAACAUUUAAGAUGCAUUUCACUUUAAAAGAACCACAAAAGACUUUUGAUUUGUUAACUCAGGUUCAUACUCGAUGUUGAAAAGGUAUCUUUGCUUCCCAGAGUGUGGCAAGUUUUCAUUAUCUCAUAUUUGCACAAAUCCAAGUCAUGAGCAAUUCAGCCACUAAGCUGUGACCUGCUGUUCCAAUUUUCUAGACCUUUAGAUUAUGUCUAAAAUUUGAAUGGACUGUUGUUACCUAUCUGUCCUUAGCUUUUUUCACAAACUUUGUUUAAAAGACCGGGAUCCGAGCAUAAAUGAUUGAUUUUCAAGAAAGGGUCAGUGCAGUGAAUUAAUCUUUGUAAGUGCCUGCCACAAACCAACCUCUCUGUUUACCUGUGUAUGAUUAUGAUGGCCUAUUUUGUUUUGAGAAAAUUAGUUUCUGAAUACUAACUGUGGUGGUUUAGUACUUUUUUAAUAUCUCUUCCUUUAAUCAAAUAUUAAUAUAUUUGUGUGGUGAUUUGGGCGUAGUCAAGUGACGUCUGUGGAGAGCAAGGCUGGGAGAGGAAGAACGGUAAGGAUUGACACCUGUGGAAAAGUAUUUCUAACAGCUGUUCUGUGUUUCAGUAAGAGCUGGAGGGGGAUAAAAAGGGUGUCCAGACUGCGGAAGGGGCGAGAGAGCGACGCACGAUGCUGACGGAGUGUGAUUCUAUCUCCCCUCCAGCAGUCUGGACACCCUUUUUAUCCCCCUCCAGCUCUCACUGAAACACAGAACAGCUAUUUGAGAGAAUUUCCCACAGGUGUCAAUCCUUACUGUUCUCCCGGCUUUGCUCUUCACAGACGUCACUCGGCCACGGCCACAUCACCACAAUUUGAUAUCAAUAUCUUUGUCAAAUUGAGUUGUUAUAUAGAUAAUAAAAAUAGCUGCUGCACUUUUUAGAUGGUCUGUCAGCUUUUACAGAGUUUAAAAGCCACUGAUAAUGUUUUAGAGUCCUUCCACUCUAAACUGUUCAUCAGUUCAUCAAAGUGGCCAGCAGGUUGCAGUAUAGAUCUUUUUUACCUUAGGAGGGUUUUGAUUUUAUUGUGGAGGGAGGGUUUUAACAUUGGUUGGUGAAAUAUCAGUCAUUAUUUUUAGAUAAUUUUAACCUUAUGUUCUCAGAUUCUUAACUAAAUGUAAUGGUGAGAAAACGUUCGGUACAGUUUGAUUUUUGUGUUUAAAUUGUGAACAAUGUGACAUAUUUCAUAGCUGUUCUAUGACUAAAAACGAAUUAAUUAAUUCAUGUAGAACAAAGCCACAACUCUACCAUUCACAAUCUGCACUUUUUCUGUACUACUAAAAGUAACGACGGUACUAACUUUACAUUGACAGUUCUUAUAACGGCCAUUGGCUCAUUAUCAAAAUACGGGGACAAACAUGUCCCUUGACUUUUCAGUCGUGAAAAAGAUUUCAAAUACUCAAGAGACCCCAUUUAAAAGGCAUCAUUCUAUAACCUAACCUUUUGUUAAAUAAUAUGAAAUGGUUUGACUUUAUAUUGUUUUUACAUAUUUUUUUGAAAAUAUAUAUUUGAAUUUAUCAAUUGCCUAAAAACACACUUGUCCCCUUCAUCUGGUUGUACUUCUAUGACGUUUACAGUUAUUUAAGUGUUUAAUUUUUACACUUUUAGUUUUCUCAUGUCAAGCAUUAGUGCAUGGCCUAACAAGCUAUACAAAACAAGUCAUAAUAAUUUAAGAAGAAUGUUUGUCACUUGAUUUCAUGUCAUUCGUGUUUUCAGUGUUAAAAAUGUGUAUUUUGAAAAUACAAAAGGUUAUGGAAAAGAACAUCCAAGGUCAAAGUUCAGAGGAAGAAGAGGCUUUUCAAAUGUGCAGUUAUUAAUUUACAAUUUAACCUUUAAAUGCAUACCUUGGGUCUUUAGUGUCCCGGGACUUCAUUGUGCUCACACCUUUUUAAUAUUCCUCAGUCUUUGUCUUAUAGUGUAAAAAAAAAAAAGAAAAAAAUGAUUUCUUUAAAUAAAGUAAUUAAAGGUUUAAGUACCAAAAGUGUAUAGGGUCAUUAGAGACCCUAGGUAUGUAAGAGAGUCAUGUUUUGUUUUUCUUUUCACUUCCAUAAAUUUUAUUUUUAUGAUUAUUUCAUAUCUAUAUAAGUUUACCAUCACACUCACAGGAUAUCUAUGUCUGUUUAUCACAAGAUAAAUGAGUACUAUAUUCAUACAAAUAAAUACUAUAUCAUGUUGAUUUUAAUUGCAACAAUGGUGAAUUAUCAGUAUCCCAUAUAUAUAUAUAUAUAUAUAUAUAUAUAUAUAUAUACAUAUAUACAUAUAU